AAACCAUGCCACCAAAGAGUAAACGACCACCACAACAACAACAACAUGGAGACGAUGAAGUAGAAGAACCUUUUCAAGCUGUUAUUUUGACAGAUAGUUAUGAUGAUAGAUUUCUUCCCAUUUCUCACGAACUUCCAAAGUGUCUUAUGCAUCUUUGCAAUAUUCCUUUGAUUGAAUAUACAUUGGAAGUAUUAGCGAUAACUGAUGUACGAGACGUUUUCAUUGUUUGUACUUCUCAUAUCGAUAAGAUCAAGGCAUACCUUGAACAAACCAACUGGAUGAAUCCCAAAGGAAAACUCAAUAUCAAAAUUGUACAAACACCAGAUGCUAUGUCUGUUGGUGAUGCUUUACGUGAAUUGGAUGCUCGACAACUUAUUACGAAUGAUUUUAUUUUGACCACAGGUGAUCUGGUAUCCAAUAUUAAACUCGACAAAGCCAUUGAAGCUCAUCGUGCACGAAAAAAGACAGAUAAGAAUGCGAUCAUGACAAUGGUAUUGAAAGAAGCGGCACGUAGUCACGCAUCAAGACCCCAAGAAGCUUCCAGUGUAUUUGUAUUGGAUCCUCAAUCAAGUAAAUGUUUAUUUUAUGAACCUGUGGCUGCCUUACCCAAGAAAAGUCGAAUUGAAAUCUCUCCUGAAGUGUUGGAAAAUCAUCACCAAAUUGAAUUUAGAAAUGAUCUUGUAGAUCCUCGUGUGGAUAUUUGUUCAGUAGAAGUGCCAGCAUUAUUUACAGAGAACUUUGAUUGGCAACGAUUACGUAGGGACUUUGUACAUGGUAUCUUGACAUCAGAUAUUUUGGGCAAAACUAUUUAUACACAUCUUGUCUCCGAAGCUUAUAUUGCACAUAUUCAAAACGAAAGGAUUUAUAAUACUGUUAGUAUGCAUGUUCUCAAUCGUUGGGUAUUCCCUAUUGUACCAGAAACUAAUCUUAAAUCCGGUGAUGAUUAUGAAUUCAUGAGUGGCAAUAUUUAUAAAUCUCGGGAUGUGAUAUUAUCAAGAUCAUGCAUUGUGGAUGAAAACGUUCAAAUUGGAGCUGGCACUGUGAUUGGUGAAAACUCUCGUGUAGCUCAAUCUACGAUUGGACGCAAUUGUCGUAUUGGAGCCAAUGUUACUUUGGUGGGUGUCUAUCUGUGGGAUGGUGUAGUGAUUGGUGAUAAUUGUACAGUGAUAAACUCUAUUUUGGCAAACAAUGUAUCCAUCUUGGAAAAUACCACCAUCGGAAAAGGAUGUUUACUCUCAUCAAAUGUGGUGAUUGGACCCAAUGAUAAUAUUCCAAAAUAUUCAAGGCUCAGCUUACUUCCUCAACCUAAAACCAGUAUGUUUGAUAGUGAAGAUGAAGAUCAAGAUGAAAAGGAUGAUGGUGAACGUGUCUUGACAGGUGAUCAUGAACCUGUUUAUUUUUGGAGUGAAAUUGCCAAUGAUGAUGAUGAUAUAGAUAUUCGAAAUUUGAAACUGGAUACUCUUGCUUAUGACAUCAAUGAUCUUGUACUUGAAGAUCAUGAAUUGUCAGAAAGUGCAUCUGAAGUGGGAGAAUUAUCGGAUGAAGAGUCAGAUGCUGAUUCCAUUGAUGGUGCCUGGAAUUUGAAUCCAUCUGCCAACGCAGCUAAGAAAUCCGCCGAAUUCAAGAAAGAAAUUGCAUUGACCAUUGAACGUUCACUUGCCGAAAAUCAUACAGUAGAUACAGCAGCUUUGGAAAUCACUGGAUUACGUAUGUCAAGUAAUGGUGAAUAUUCUGAUGUACGAGAAGUCGUUGUACCAUUGGUCGUAGAUCAUGUUGAUUUGAAUAACCCUGUAACAAGUCUGAAAAAGGUAUUUACUCAAUGGGGUCCUUUGAUUGGCAAGGUGACACAUAAACAUGAUGAUCAAGUCCAUGUUAUUUCUCUUCUUCAGAAACAUUGUGCUUCCAAUGAAGCCUUAGGCAAACUCUUUAUGGGUGCUCUUCAAAUCUUAUACAAUAUCGAUGUCAUAGAAGAAGAAGCGGUCAUGGAAUGGUAUACAUCUGAUAUAUCAAAAUCUGGUAGUCCAACUGAGAUCAAGUUACGGGAAAAGGCAACCAAGUUUGUGGAAUGGCUUACAGAAGCUGAAGAAGAAUCUGAAGAAGAGAGUGAUGAUGAAUGAUUAUCCUAAUGGGUUAGAACAUACUUUUUUUUUGUUAGUUUAGAUCAUUGUUAGAGUAGAUGUUGUUUGAUUUUUUUUUUUAAUAAACAUAUAUACUUUCUUCCUAAU